CUCGAUCCUCUCAGCUGUUAAAACAGUAGGUAAACAAACUAGCCGAGGAGAAAGCAGCGCAAGCAGCAGGGACUUCGCAGGCUGGGCUCUCGGGGACGCUUUUGUACCUGUUUCUACUCAUUUUAUACACUUUGUAUUCGACUGUUUUCCUAAAGCACUUUUACUACUUUGAUACUCGGGCGUCGGGGUGUUUUAUUUGUGUCUGAUUUCCAGUAAACUAGCUUGGUAAAAGUGUAAGGAAAUAACCUCGAGUCUCGACGGCUCAGCAAACAGAAACAAAAACACAAAACAGGUGAAUCGUCGGAGGAUAUUCAAUGCUGCGUUUUGCGACGCGACAGCUGUCAUCGUGAUCACACAUCAGAAAAACAAAACAAAAAACGACACGCUUCUAGAGUUAAUCACACGAUGACCGCUGUGCUGAAUAUCCAGAGGUUACUGGAAGCAGCCGAAUAUAUAGAAAGGAGAGAAAGAGAGAGCGAACACGGAUACGCCUCGACCUUUCCGUCUAUUGAGCACUCCAGCUACCAGAGACAAAGGAAACUCCGAAAUAAAAAGUGCAGCGGCAACAACCACAACAGGUCCACACACAAUGAGCUAGAGAAAAAUCGGCGAGCCCACCUUCGCUUGUGUCUGGAGCGAUUGAAGACUCUCAUCCCGCUGGGACCAGACUGCAGCCGUCACACCACUCUGGGGCUGCUCAACAAGGCCAAAACACACAUAAAGAAACUGGAGGAAGCGGAGCGUAAGUCUCAGUAUCAGUUGGAGAGUUUGGAGCGAGAGCAGCGUCACCUCCAGAGGCGACUGGACCUGCUGCGGGGCGGCGGGGGCGUCCUGGAGGGCGAGAGGACACGCACUGACAGCAUAGGCUCCACCCACAGCUCCGAGAGAUCCGACCGCUCCGACUCAGACCAAGAAGAGAUGGAGGUGGACGUGGAGAGCACAGAGUUCUCUCAUGGAGAGCUGGACAGCGUCAGCACAGCCAGCACCAGCGAUCUGGACGACCACAGCAGUCUACAGAGCACUGCCAGCGAUGAGGGCUACUCCUCCUGCAGCAUCAAACUGGCCUUCAGCUCAUAAAACGAGCUCCCCUUUACACACACACACACACAAAAUAUCCCAGCCCUCGAAAUGAGUCCUGCCUCCUCGCCACCUUUCCCUCCUUGACCAAUCAGAGACUCUUAUUCAAGUCAGGUGACCAGAACACCGCCGCCCCUAUAGAAUGCCUGAUGUUUUAAGUUUAUGAAUGUAUCUGAGAGAAUAUGAAUGAGAUGGAAACAAUCUGUGAUUGUGAUUUUAAUUGGGUUUUAGAUGGUUAUAUUCCUGAAUAAGAGACCUCUCUGAUAAUUGUCAUUAUCUAUAUCCCCUUUUUCCGAAAGGAAAGCUAAGAUGUAUAAAAAUAGAUGUUUAAUUUUUAAUCCAAACCCCUGAUUGUUAAUUCUCUACAUGAAUGGGUCGUGAACUGGUCACUAAGGUCAACUAAACCCACUCAAACUGGAUCACCUGACAAGUGUAACUCCAUAUCAACACAAGAAACCCAAACCUGUUGAUUUUCUUCUCAUCCGGUCUAAUGGUCCUAACGUCGCUGCUCAACGGCGACGAGGGCUGUCAUUGGUGCUACGUGACAAAACCGGUAAAGCAGAAAGAUUACUGCAUUCAUCAAAGAUCGACGGAAAAACUAUGUUCCCAUGGCUGUGGGAAUUUUUGGUGCAUUAAACCGUGGAGCUACUUUCCACGCAGCAGCUAAAACCCAGCGAUCUUGCACUCGACCGCAUAGAGCCCUCCGUAGAACUGGCACCACGUCAGAGAAAUAUCCACCCCUGUGUUUAACUAGAUGUCUCUCCUGGCAGAAAAAAGCAAUAAACUCUUGUAGUCUGAUCAACAAAUUAGCACUCCUACUCCUGAGACACAACGCUUGUGUCUGUCCAAAAGAGCAACGCCAACUUGCUCAUUUUUUGUACAUAAAUACGAUAGUUUAAUAAAUUAAAGUUAAAAUAAAAACUUGAGUUGAAAAAAAAAAGGUAGUUACCCAUGGGUAGAAAUUGCCUCUUGCUGUAUGUCUUGUGUUUUGUGCAUUUUAAAUUAUAUUUUUGCAAAGAUUGACUAUCUUCCUCCUGAGAGUCUUUUGAGGUGGCAUGGGCAGUAUUAUUUGUUCAUUAUGCUGGAUGAAACCGAAGUAGUUUAAUUCUGUAGCUGCCCGAGGAAUUUGACGACUUUCUUUAAAACUAAACAACCAACACACUGAAGUACUUAAAAUCGGACACAAGAACGAGUGACCGCAGGCAGUGGUCGUGGACCUGUGUUUAAGGCAUGCUAACUCUGAGUGGCGCUCUUUAUUUAUUCGAUUUAGGUUUAGAAUUUUAUUCGUUUUAAAGCUGAAAGGCAUUCCACUACGUGUCGCGUGCUGUAGACGUGGAGCGGCUCAAAAUCAAACUCUUGCUUCCCGCUGUACUGUAUGUUAAACACAUUAAUUUCUUUAAUUUGUGUGAGAAGAAGCAUUCAGACUUGAUUAGCUUUCCUCAAGUAGUAUUUAUUUUCUCCCCUCGAUCCAAAAUCAGAGGAAAGGGUUAACUUAUUUCAUUCGUCAAAUCUUUGAUGGCAUUCCCUUCCCUUUUAGUUUCCCAAUUCUCUUCUAAACCCUAACCUCACUCCGUCUGAGAUUUAUUAUUUUUAUUUUAGAUUUCCUCCCCAAAUGCAGAGCUGGUUUUUUAGUGCGUUUUAAAGCCAAGUCUAAUUUGUAAACGUUCUGCUUGCAAUAAGAGCAGCGCGGACAUCUGCUAGGUGUCCCGAUCCAGCAUCAACCAAAUGCUUUUUGGCUGCUGAACGUCCCAUAUGUGUGGAGUCGUUGUACUCACCCCUGUUUAAGAGAGUUUUAUUUGGGUGUAAAUUCAUUGUUUAGAACAAACUGAGGUGCGUUGGUGCUUGAUCAACACCUGGCCAAACCUCUGCUGUCCUCCUCACAAGAGGACAUGUUGCUUUUGUCUAUCCUUUUCAUUCAUAUUGUUUUAUUGGUUUAUAAAUCUGCACUAUUUGAAGCCAGGGCCCAUAUUGAGAUGGCGGUGCUUUUUGUUUUAUUUUAUUUAAUUUAAUUUUUGAAGAGAAUGGACCGUGUCCUGUUGAGGCCACCGCGUACCGAUCCAGGCCCGAAUUCAACCACGCUUCCCAGAGAAGUGGUGCUGGUCUGGGAUCAGCUCUCAGUCGCUCCGGAGGAAAAGAAAAAUGCUAAACGGAUCCUGAAAGAAGCAUCUGUGUUUUGUCAAGAGACUCUGGGUAAAGGGUCUGUUAGAGGCGAAGCUUCUCCACUGGGAAGGAACUCGUGGCCAUUCUUUGUAAACAUGCACUCUUGAUUCUAGCUGUGAGUUAAAAUGCAAUACUUAAAAUAAACACCAACAUUGUCAAAAAAGA